GAGUGUUCUCUGGGUCUCCCCACCAGUUCGAAACGUGGCGCGUGUGCUUGUUGCGCCGAGUAGCAUCGUAGCAUGUCUCCACACAUUUUGUUCUUGGUGGUGUUGUGCACCGCAGAAGCGGCAAGGUUGGACGUCUCUCGAGUGUUGCUGCCUUACCGCCACGAAACUGCCACCAACUACACCCUGGGCCUUGUUGCCGUGGACGAAAGUGGCUGCUACGAGUGGAAGUCUAGUAGGCCCGAGGUGGCUGCUGUGUUCACUGGAGGACCCUGUUCCCGACAGGCCAACGUGUCUGCUGUGUGGGGCCAGGCUAGCCGCCAAGAGGCCACUGUGGUAGCACACGAGCUGCGCACAGGUGAGAAGUUGCACUGUGCUGUGAUUGUCGACCAGUUGGCUUCCCUCAAGUUGGUUGGUGCCACACUACUUCUGCUGGAAGGCUCACCUCAACCGUUUCAGGUGACUGGGCAGGACCUACAAGGGGAUACCUUCUCCUCCUUGGGUGGCAUUUCCUUUGACUGGGGCCUGCAACAACACGAGCCUGUGCUCAGGUUUGUGCCAGAAGGGCCAGUCAAUCUGCACGUAUGGGCUGUCCUUGUUCAGGGCCAAGCGGUGGGCACAGCGUGGCUGUCUGUGCGACCCGCUCAUGCAACCUAUGCGCACGUUGCGCCCCAACAGCUACAGCUGCGUGUGGUGGACAGUGUGCGAAUGGCGCCCGCCAUCGUCUUUCUGCUCAUUGGCUGCCAGGCAUGCUUCCGUCUUCAGCAGGAACAUGACCUGAACUUGGAACCUGUGCAGCCAUAUGUCCUGCGCGCGGAGGACGAGCAAGUGGCUCGUGUGGAAGGGAUGUGCAUCUGGGCCCAAGGCCUUGGCCACACGCGGCUGCUUCUGGCUGAUUCUCCUGUGGCCAUCAAUCCUGCGGAUGUGCACGUGGUCAGACCAAGCUACCUUCGCUUGUCUGUGUCCCCAGGGGAGUCCUGGGUGCUUGAGCGCCAAGGAAUAUACCAGGUUCUGGUUCAGAUCUUUGACGAGCACCAUCACCAGGUUCACACAGGCAAGGGUGUGCAGCUGCGUGUCCACUUUUCGGCCGAGUACUUUGGUGUGCUCAGCUCCACAGAGAAUGGCACCCUUCACCAGGUGCAGCCGCUGCGGACUGGGAAGACUGUCAUUAGGGCCGAGCUUCAAGGUUGUCGGCGACCUGAUGGUGCACUGUUGCGAGCCACGGCAUCGGGAGAGCAGGAGGUGUCCAUUGAGGAGCCACUGUCGGUGCAGCCCAAGGCAGUGUGGCUUCCUUGGGACCCAGAGGCGCGGCCAGUGCACAAGGUGCGAGCACAUGUCCAUGGGGGCACCGGUGCCCCAGUCGAUUGGAAGCUAGAGGCACCUCCGGCGUGGGCGCAUCUCGAUGCUGUCGGCACUGUGGCCGCCACCCUAGUGACGAGUGGUGGCCCUGGCCAGGUGCAACUGGUGGCACACGAUGGCCACUCUGCCCCGGCCAGCAUGCACGUGUUUCUUGCCCCCGUUGUGGAGCUGGAGGCCCUGGGCUCACCAGUGCUCGAGGCAGAGUUGCCCGGUGGAGAGCUGCUGGUGGCUGUGGCCAUGUAUGGCCAUCACCCUGAAGACCAGGAGCUAAAGCCAUUUGAUGACUGCAGCCAGGUGUCGCUUGCUGUGGAACUUGUGGACAAGCGUAUCAUAAAGCACCUCCCAGGUGCAGGGGGCCCCCCCAUCGGCCGUGGCUGCACCAGUGUACGCCUGCAGUGCCAGGCAGCUGGUCACACACGUCUGCAGCUGAGUCACGGGCCGCUGCGAUCUACAUUGUUGCUUGGCUGCUACAAGCCUUUGAGGGCGAUACACCCAGCCAAAGCUGCAGCAGUCGCCUAUGGGUCACUCAAGGAGGUGGCCUUCGAAGGGGGCCCCCGGCCAUGGCCUAUGCUGCCUGCAGGAUACCGAGUGCAGUUGUCUUCAAGCACAACUGACCUGGUGAGUGUCAUGCGCAUGGUGGACCCUUAUCGCAGAAACCGAGAUCUGCACGUGUUCCGGGUGUUGUGCCAGGCAAUUGGGGAGACGGUUCUUAUGCUGUCUGUGGGCAACAACGUCUCGGCCAGCCUCCCAAGCCCAGCCUCCAGUGAAGUCUCCAUCAGGUUUGUGUGUGCAAUGCCUUCAUCACUGGAACUUCGGCUAAGCUCAUCCAGUAACCAGGUGGUGAGCAACAGCGGUCCUAUUGAGCUGGAGCUUGUUGUGCGAGAGUCCAAUGGCCGUCGGCUGGCCAACAUCAGCUCACUGGAUGUGCUGUGGGAGCUGUCGGACUACAGGCUAGCCCAAUUGGACAGCCACAGGGAUGUCACCAGCCAUGUGGAUGGCUCAGCUGGAUACCGCCGCACUUCUAAGGACUUCCAGGUGUUGCGGCCCCAUGGGAAGGCGGGUACACUGACAGUGACAGCCAAGGUCCGUGGAUUCAGUGCCCAUGUGCUUCGCCAGGCAGCCUUGCCCAAGCAACAGGUACCAACAGUGAGUGGCUCACUGCAACUGGAGCUGGUGGAGAGCCUGUCAGCAACAAACAGUGCUCAUCAUCAGGAACUGUAGCUGGCCAGCCAUCCCCAACGAUUGGUAAUGGUGCUUUACUAACAAGGUUUGGUUGACUGCAAUAAAGCCCACCUGGAAUCUCUCC